UCAUCAGCGAAGGAAAGAAAACGGAGGGAGUAUAGCUCCUUCACCCUGUGAUGGAUGUCUAUGUCUUGAGGCGGAAGUAGAAAUCGAAGAACUCUUUAUUAAUCCCCAACAAAUCCACCAAGAAGAAGAAGGAAAAUCACCAUAAACCCUCGCGUCCGAAAAAAAACCCUGCCCCAUUCGCCCCCCACCGCCGUGCCGGGCAAGCAGAAGCAGCCGCCGCAGCCGCACGGCGUCAUGGCGCCGGAGCCGGAGCCGGAGGACGGGAGGGAGCUCUACGCGCUUCUGCACCUCUCGCCGGAGUCCUCCGACGAGGAAAUCCGCAGGGCAUACCGCCAGUUCGCGCAAAUCUACCACCCCGACAAGUACCAGGACCCCCAGAUGAAGGAUGUAGCAACUGAAAACUUCCAACGAAUACGUGAUGCAUAUGAGAUACUAUCGGAUGAGAACAAAAGACAGAUCUAUGAUAUCUAUGGCAUGGAAGGUUUAAAUUCUGGUCUGGAACUUGGUCCCAAGUUAAAUAAACCCGAAGAAAUCAAACGACAGUUAGAAGAGCUGCGACGGCGUAAGGAGGAAGAGAAAGUUUUCUUUCAUGCUCGAUCCACUGGAUCAAUCCUAGCUAAUAUCUCACUGCCACAAUAUUUGGAUGGCGACGGCGUCAUGGGAGGAAUGGGAAUGUCUAGUGAAAUUGAGCUGCCAGUAUCCAAGCAAAACACUGUCACUGUUGGUGGAAAUUUGGUCGUCAAUGGUACAAAUGGGUCUGGUGCAGCAACUGCUGUGCUGCGCCAUCAGUUGUCUUCUGCGUCUUCGAUAGACUUUAUGGCAACAGCUGGACUACGUUCCCUUAUUGGAGUACAGACAUUUCGUCAGAUUUCACCGAAUUCAACAGCUACUUCUGGACUUGCUCUCUCAUUGAGAGAUGGAUCUGUUAACCUGUCAAAUGGCUGGACUCGCCAAUUAUCUGAAGACACUGUUGCCAAUAUACAACUUGUCCUUGGUACUGAAUCAAAUAUAUCCGUCGGAUGGCAAAAGAAGGAUGAAAAAAGGUCUGCGGCAGGAGAAAUAAAGUUUGGUACUAAUUCAUUUGGCGCAUCUGCUCAUUACACCCAUCGUUUCUCCUCAAAGUCCCAUGGUCGUGUUGCUGGUAGAGUUGGAAGCACUGCCCUUGAUUUUGAAAUUGGAGGAGGAAGAAGGAUAUCAGAGUUCAGUACAGUAAGGAUGCUCUAUAAUAUAGGAAUCCAGGGUGUCACUUGGAGAUUUGAGUUGAAUCGUGCUGGGCAAAAGUUAGUUAUCCCAGUCUUGCUUUCCACUGACUUCAAUGCUUUAUUCGUCACCGGCGCAUUUGCUAUUCCUUCGACUCUAUAUUUUCUACUUCAGACAUAUCUUGUGAAGCCUUAUUAUCUAAGGCGAGAAAAGCAGAAGACGCUUGAAAAAAUGGAUAGCUUGUCUACACAGCUAACAGAAGCUAGACAAGCUGCUAAAAAAUCACAAAGAUUGCUGGAACCCGUCUCUAAUCGCAAGAAGAAUAAACAGCAGGAGAGUGAUGGUUUGGUAAUCACAAAAGCUCUGUAUGGCAAUCAUAAAAAGAUCAAAGAGAGUAGUCAGUUGAGUGAGAUAGAUGAUAAUGUGGCUUCACAAGUAUUAGAUGUGACGAUCCCACUCAACUUCCUCGUGACCGAGGCAGGUCAGCUCAAGCUUCACGAGGGGAUAAAGAAGUCCGGAAUAAUGGGCUUCUAUGAUCCUUGCCCUGGAGAUCCGAAGCUACUGCUUGUCGAAUACUUAUUCCAUGGCCAGCAAUACAAGGUAAUGGCAGAUGAUUAUGGUGCACUGUCGAUACCACAAGACAUUCAUCAGAUUUGACCUGAGACAAUUGAUCCAAAGCAGCAUUUGAACACUUUUGUUGAGUCGCACUGUAACCAUCAUAGUUUUGUUGUGCUGACACACUCUUCCUUGUUUUGGGUAUCAUUUCCUUGUGUGAGCCCCUUUUUGUUGUAUACAUGAGUGGGCUUGUGCCACCUAGAUGAGUGAUAGAGGGCACGCCCCAAACAAUAAGAUGAGCCAAUAAUAGGUUCGCAGCAUUUAGCUCGGUUGGCGGACGUA